GCGUCCGACCGGGCAGGACCUAGUUGCGGCGCGCGGUGCGUACAUGAUACGUGUAUGAUCGAUUGCGGAGCAGUCGUCGUCGCGAGCGCGCUCCUUCCCGUACGAUUUCCGCGACGAUCCUCCCGUCGUCGUCGUCGUCGUCGUCGUCGUCGUCAUUGCAGUGCGUCAAUCAACAGUACUUGUCCCCGGGAUGACGUCGUCGUCACGGUCGCGCUAAAGCCCUAUUCCGAGAUUCCCCAUCGAUGAAGCGACUCCAGGAUGAUGCAGGACAUCUCCGUCGACGAUCAGCGUGCCUCCAAGUCAGCGGUGCUGCUCAACACCUUCAUCGUGAAGAAGAAGCGGUGCCGCGUGUACUUUCAUCGCGGCACGCUCAUCUGGGAGACCGAGCGACCGCCUUACACCAGAUGGACCCUGCCCCUGACGGACGUUUUGGCGGUGCGCUACGGCGACGACUGGAUACCUGGUGUAAGCGUUAAGGAAAAAGAACCGACGCAGCCGACCUCGCCAACCACGGUGUGCCCGACGAAUUUCAUUCUACACUACGCCGUACGCAGACCCAAGAACAAAUGGAGGCAUCACAGCGUGACGAUGAGCCACACGGACCCCAGGCAGGUUGCCUCGUGGGUGAAAACCAUUCGCAACUACCUCCUAGGUCUGACGUGUCGGCCGCGGAAGGUGAUGCUGUUCAUCAAUCCCAUAGGCGGUAAAAAAAAAGGUGUCAAGAUCUGGGAGAAGGCUGUCCAGCCUCUCAUGACCAUUGCCGGUAUCGAGACAAAGAUGAUGGUCACGGAGCGCGCCGGUCACAUUCGUGACGCUCUGCUCACGGCCGACUUGAAUGACCUACAUGCGGUGGUGUGCAUCGGUGGUGACGGUAGCUUCGCCGAGGUGUUCAACGGGCUGAUUCUGAGAACCGCGAAGGAUCAGCAGAUCGAUCCCAACGACCCUGAUGCCAGGCUACCCAGUCCCGCCUUGUCGGUCGGCGUCAUACCCAGCGGUAGCACAGAUACAGUCGCCUACAGCUUGCACGGCACCACCGACGUAGAAACCGCCGCCAUACACAUCAUCUUCGGCGACUCGAUCGGUCUGGACAUCUCGUCGGUACACAAUAAUCACAACUUACUCAGGCUCUACGCCAGCAUGCUCAGUUACGGUUAUCUGGGCGACGUGAUCCGCGACAGUGAAAAGUUUCGCUGGAUGGGACCCCGUAGAUACGAUUGGUCAGGAUUUAAAAAGAUAUUAGCAAACAAGGGUUACGAGGGUGAAAUCGAGCUGCUGUCUGACCCGUGUCACCCGGCGGGCAGCACCAGGUGUAUGAAGAACUGCUUACGCUGCCUACAACACAUGCACAACAGCAUUCCCGACGAGGAAAUCUCCAGGUGGUUGACAGUCAGAGGCAAGUUCUUUAUGGUAAAUGGAGCGAACGUGUCGUGCGCGUGCUCGAGGAGUCCCAUGGGUUUCAGUCCACACUGUCACGUGGGCGACGGCUGCGUGGACGUGAUUCUAAUUCGACACACAUCUCUGAUAAACAACAUCAGAUUGUUGCUCAGGCUGUCUAGCAAACGAAAGACUGUGUACGAGCUACCCUUCGUCGAGGUCUACCGGGCUAGACAGUUCAUGUUCCGCGCCCUGCCGACGCAAUUCGAGACAGAGCUAAACGCGGCCCAUACGAGCCCACGGCUCAGUGUAUGGAACUGCGACGGCGAGGUGAUCGACAGCACCAAUGUGAAAAUCAGGGUACACUGCCAAUUACUGAAGGUCUACACGAGACGGACUCAGGAAUCGGUUCGGGAACCGACGUGCCUCAGCUGUUCCGCGUGAACGAGUCGAACGAGGUCGUCGAACGGCGACCUGUCGCUGGUCUUUCAAGGCCGCGAUCCCGCUCCUCAGUACUUUCGCGAAGGAGCAAAGUUCCCUUGUCUUGCCCUAUCACACGAUCACGAUGUUCUUACGAUGUUCUCACAUCGUAACGUGAUCAAAGAAAGUCAUUCGUUCCUUUUCCGCGUGAAUCUUACACCGAUUAAUACAAAAAAAAGAAACAAGCGAUUUUUGUCAUGAACCUAACAUUUCCAAGCAUAUCCAACGCGGGAAUAAUUGUGCGCGUUGAAUACGCUCUUCCACACAUUAUUUCUUAACCCUGAAUAAGUUACUUUUAAUUUAUAACUGGUGGCGACGAAGUGAAACUUGCGUUCUCUACAAAUUUGGAACCCUGGCUAGCCGGGAUGAUGUUCUUUACAGCAACAAAUUCUUUACAGUUUCAUUUAAAAGACGCGCCAGUGUUAUUAGUGUUAUUAAAGUAAUUAUGAAUUUAAUAUUGUGAUAUUCUAGUUCAAUUUAGAAUUGUGUUUGGUGAUUGAAAGUAAUCGGCACGCAUUUUAAGAAACUACAAAACAAAGAUAUGUGAACUAUUUAAAUACAAAUCGAAUCGAAUCAGGUAAAAGAUCGAUUCGAUUUGAUUCAAUUCGGCGCCAAAAAUCUUUGAUUGCCAUAUCUCUACUAGAAAAUGUAUAUAAACUCACCCAGAAAAUGUUAUUUUAAGCACUGAGAUUCUGCUAAGAUCGUCCUCAUUUAAUUGUGUUAUAUCAUGGUCUCUAAUUUCAUUUCUAAUUGCUAUUAAAGUUUUACUUCGAAUGAGCAAGCUUGACUCGUGGCCACUGACCUGGAAUUAAAUUAAUAAUUACUAACGUAAUAUAUAAUAAUUAUUAAUAUUGUAAAAUUCUUUCAAAAUUCUCUCAAAACUCUAGAUGGGUGGCGUAAAAAAAUCUGUAACGCGAGACAUCAAUAUUUAAUUGGCAUUAUACUCUUUCUUCGGUAUACUGAGUGUGUGUCUCUUGAUUCGUUUACUAUUUCAUCUAGAGUUACGAAAGAAGAAUUUUGUGCAAGUGUUGAUCGUAAUAUCGACCGGAAUUGGGCUGAACACAGGUGAUUGAUUAAAAAAAAAACAAAAAUCAGCGCGCGAGCUUACGUAAUCUCGGCUAAUUCACGCCUGCGUAUAAUUCGUCUCGCGUGCACCGAAAUUAUUUCCAACUUUUUUAUCGUUGCAUUUGACGACUGUUUGGCAAUUGAUGCGCUUUUCAAGAAUAUAUUGAACAUUCCACUGUCGGCGCGACGCAAACCGCAAUGACGCUCAAAUUAAUUUUAUAUGUGCGCGUAUCGACAUUUCCUACGCAAAACGUUAAUGCGAGGAAAAGAAAAAAAAAGGCAGACACACUCGGUCUUGAUUGCGCAAUGCUCAACCCUGGAGUGUUAUAUUCAUUUUUUUUACUCUUGAUAAAAAUUCCACAUAAUUAAGAAUGUUUUUUUUUACACUUUCAAAUUUUCUGAACACUAUUUUAUAUACUAUUGCAAGAUAUUAAAAUAAUUGAACUAACACUAUUUUUAUAUAAACGAAUUAAAGAUGUUUAACUGAUUAAGGAUGUUUUGGCUAUACAAUAAGAGCUAAAGGAAUAAAAAAAAUUUUAGUUGCAAAUGCCCGAACUUUGACCCUGAAAC